AUGCUUCUUGACGCUUUCAAGACUACAAAGAGAGAACAAAUGGUUGACUCCGACUCAGACAUUUUGAAUGCAAUUGAAGGAAUUGCAAGUGUCAAGUUCGAAUGGUACCAACCUAACCCUCAAGCAGUCAGACAACAUGCUGGAUACUUCCCGUUCAUAAAUAAGUCUGACAUUGACUUGACAAGGUAUGGAAUUUACAAUUCAAUUGAAACAAUUGUCAAUGAACCUUGCAUUCUUACAUGUCUCAGGAACUCUGGUCUUGUUUCAGAAGAGAAGAUGAAGUAUCUUGAGUCAUGUGUGAAGACAAGGUACAUUCUCAGAGGUCAAUUGGCAAAAAUUGCACCGUUGGCAAAUGUCAAUAUCCGAGUCAACAUACCUACAGCUAAAGGUUCUUCACAUGACGACUAUGUUGUUGACAAAGACUUACCAUGGUUGAAGAUUGUAAUUGUCCACAACCACUUCAUGUUGAACGAAAGUCUUACAAACCCAUUGUUCGGAAAAGGCAAGUGCAACAUUGUCAGAGCUGUAAACAUUCUUUUCGAGAAAGGUUUGUUGGAACCAAUUCCAGAUGACAAGCUGACAGAAACUUUUGUACCAAAAGACGAAACAAACUUUUCAUUGUUAGCAAGACCAAAAGUUGUUCCAGACAAAGUUCUAGCACAAAAGAAGUACACAGUUCCAAAAGGAGUUGGAUUGUUCGGAUACCAACCUGAACCAGAAGAACUUCCAAUGAGGUUGCAAGAACUUCAAGAUGCUAUAAACAAACUUCCAUUGAGACAUCCAAUUGACGUCAAAUUGUAUUGGAGAGCAUCUGAGUUAGGUCAGAAGGUUUUAUAUGAAACAGGUUGCUUCGACGAUGUUUAUGAGAUAGCAGGCGAAGUUUCUCAGAAGAUAAGAGACUCACUUGAAUUUCCACGAACUGGACCCAUUGGUUGCGACAAGUUCGACUCAGAUGAAAAGAUAUACUAUGUCGACCUUAACGCUGCGUACAUGAGGUUCGUCCAAUAUAUCCCGACUGGAAUUCCAAACGAAGAUGGUGAGUUCCCAGGAAGGAACUAUACAGUUGGAAAAGUCAUACAACAACUGUAUGAUAUUAGGAAAGCUUCAAACCCCAAACUUGCAAUGACACUCAAAUUGCUUAUGAAUUCGACAUGGGGAUAUUCCAUUAAGAAACCUCAAGAGAU